GCAUCUUAAUUGAACAAAUAAGGUGGGUCCCAAGAAGCCUCACUGUGGUGCUUCGUUAGUUUAGCAUGCUACUAUUUGGGUGAUUUGGAAGUCGGGGAAUGAUCAGAUUUUUAAUAGGAAAAAGCUUCUUAGUGCGACAUGUUCAUGUGCGAAAAAUAACGAAUGAUAUUGACCGUUGGAUAUAUCUCAAACUGUAAUUUCUUUUGACUUUUAUUUAUUUUAAAAAUUUAAUACAACUGCCAGCAUGUAUCGUGUGCUUUUCGUGCUUCAAUUCCGUCGCACUAUAUAGCAUUUCUCUUUUUAAUAAUAAGGCAAUGGAGGUGGAUGAAUUGGUAGACAAAAUUAAAGUUUUGUCUUGGUAUUGGAGCAUAAAUAGGUUGAAGUUUGCGUGUUUGUUUUAUGAGUGGUGUUGGAACCCGAGACGGUGUUUAAUGUGAUAGUUGGGGUGGGAGUUUAUUGUGCUCGUUUUCACAGGCCACUAUUAUGUAGGCCUCUGAUAUUUUGCCUGGUGUUGUUUUGCUUUUGUUUGGGUGGAUUGAGCUAUAGGGAGCACUGUUUGUUUGCUAGUGCCAUAAUAGGCUUUUGUUAGCUUGUUUUUGCUUAUUUGGUGGCUUCUGGCGUUUUGUUUUCUCAUGUCCCGUCUGCUCCUCUUGAGUUGAUUGCAAAACAAAAGCUAUUUUGAAACUGCCACCAAAUGCUUCGUUUCCAGCAGUGUUUGUAUUUGGAGAUUCAAUCAUGGAUACUGGAAAUAACAACAACAGGCCAACACCAACUCAGUGCAAAUUCCCUCCAUAUGGAAAAGAUUUUCAAGGAGGAAUUCCAACAGGAAGAUUUAGCAAUGGAAAGGUUCCAGCAGAUCUUAUAGUUGAAGAAUUAGGCAUUAAAGAAUAUCUACCAGCAUAUUUGGAUCCAAAUCUUCAGCCUAGUGAAUUGGUUACAGGCGUUAACUUUGCGUCCGGUGGUGCAGGAUAUGAUCCUUUGACAUCAAAAAUAGAGGCAGCUAUAUCAAUGUCUGCCCAGAUAGAAUUAUUCAAAGAAUAUAUUGUGAAGCUGAAAGGAAUAGUUGGUGAAGAUAGAACAAACUUCAUCUUAGCCAAUAGUAUUUAUUUUGUGCUAGUAGGAAGCAAUGAUAUUUCUAACACAUACUUCUUGUUUCAUGCGAGACAAGUUAAUUAUGAUUUUCCUUCAUACUCUGACCUUUUAGUAGACUCAGCUUAUAAUUUCUACAAGGAAAUGUAUCAACUAGGUGCAAGGAGGAUAGGAGUAUUCAAUGUACCACCAAUUGGGUGCGUGCCGUUUCAGAGAACAGUGGCCGGAGGAAUAACAAGAAAAUGUGUGCAACAUUACAAUGAUGCAGUUGUUUUCUUUAACAAAAAGUUGUCAAUGAAGAUUGAUUCCUUUAAGCAGAAUUUUCCAAGUAGCAGGAUUGUUUAUAUGGAUGUUUACAACCCUAUACUUGAUAUCAUUGUAAACUACCAAAAAUAUGGCUUCAAAGUUGUAGAUCGAGGGUGUUGCGGCACAGGCGAAAUCGAAGUUAUUUUUUUAUGCAACCAUUUGGAACCCACUUGUGUCAACGACUCGGAUUAUGUGUUUUGGGAUGCUUUUCAUCCUACUGAAGCCGUUUACAAAAUACUUGUUGCCCUAAGUCUACAAAAAUACAUGUACAACUUUAUUUAGCUAUACAAAAUGUUAUUUGUUAUUUUGUUUAAAAAAAAAAUUGUUUUUACUUUUUAUUUGAAGAAUUCAUUUUUAAUUAUCUAUAUGUAGCUUGUUGUAACUAAAAAAUGAAGCUUGUUCUUCCUUAAUUUCAUCCACAUGUACUGUUCUAUGAUGUAUGUACUCCCUCGUUUUUCAA